AUGGAGAUGAGCGAUUCUGCAGUCCAGCCUCGUGAGGCAGAGGAUACCAGAACCGCGGGUUACCACCUCCGUCACAAUCACCGUCUCAUUUUCACCGAUGUCUCCGUGAUGAUCUUCCUCAGCAUGGCAGCGACAUUCCAAAGCGAGAUAUCCCCUUCGGCGAUCCGAGGAGCAGUAGUUGGGCUGUCUAUUGUCUUGAUCGACACCGCGUCUGUUUUGACCUCGGGCAUCAACUGGGGAACACACGCAGAUCCAACCAGCUUCGCCUACCGCCUCCCUAUCGGCCUACAGUGCCUGUGGCCCAUAUUGAUCGCGAUCGGUCUCUUCUUUGUCACGGACUCGCCGACGUACUUCCUUAUCAAAGGCAACGACACUCGUGCGUAUGAAAGCCUGCGCAAGGUCCGACAGGGUUAUGAUGAGCAGGAGAUUGAAGUUGAGAUGCAAAGUCUGAAAUACCAAGCUGCUCUCCGUGCCGCCGAGAGUGAAGUGUCCUGGUUGGAUCUGUUCAGGGGCAACAAUCUGCGACGCACCUUGAUCGCUAUCUCCAUCGGCAACUUCCAACAGCUCAGUGGAAUCUCGAUGGCCACAAAUUAUGCCACCAUUUUCCUAACUCAAAUCGGCGCAUCCAACCCCUUCUUGCUAGUUCUGGGGCUCAACAUUCUAUCUCUUGGUGGUGCCGUCUUCGGUCUCCUCGCGGUCGACUGGGUCGGACGCCGUGUCCUUGCCCUCAGCACAUUCUCGGUUAUUCUCGUCAUUGACAUAGUUGUCGGUGCUUUAGGCUUCGCUGACACUUCAAACCCGGCCACUGGCAAGGCCAUAGCCGCUUUCUCUUUGAUGUUUGGGUUCUUCUUCGCUGCAGGUUUUGGUCCGAUGACAUACAUUGUCUCUUCAGAGGUUCCCACGGCGCGUCUUCGAAAUAAGACUAGCGCCUUCACCUUCAUGACAAUCUUCUUGUUCAACCUUGUUGUCACCUUUGUCCUCCCUUACAUUACAAAUGCUGAUGAAGCGAACCUCGGAGCCAAAACAUAUCUCAUCUUUGCGGGAUGGAUGCUCAUCUGUCUCGUCUUAACCUUUCUCUACCUGCCAGAGACUAAAGGAAGGACUUCGGCUGAGCUUGAUGAGAUGUUCGCCGCUGGCGUCCCGUCAAGGAGAUUCAAGGGUUACGUCUGUGGUGUUUCUCCUGAACAUGUACAGGAGGCAGUUGUCAAGGGUGCUACCAUUAACGCCAGCUUCGGGGAGCAUGUUGACAAGGCUUAA